AUGGUGACCGAAUUAAUUGAGGCUGUACAUCAGGAAACCGUAACUUGGAACUACAACUGCCGGGAAUACAAAAAUAGAGGCAGCCGAUCUGAUGGUUUUCAGGCCAUUUGCGACAAAUGUGAUAACACCGUUAAGCUCUCUUCCACUGAAUUUCACAUUGAAGGAGUUGGAUCGGUGAAUCAUGUUGCAAGACACAAGGUAGAUGCAAGGCUCAAGAUGGGUGUACAGGGCAGUGGAAAUUUAGUGUCAGUCUCUUGUUUAGUUGUCAAGCGCAUUGUAGGGAAUCAACCCAGUUGUGGUAUUGACAAAGGUUCCGUUCCAAUUCCCGAUUCCAUUGUGCUAGCUGAUCCUGAGUGGCACAGGAGCCAACCCAUUGACAUGCUCAUUGGCGGCGAAUACUUUUGGAGUUUUCUAAAGGACAAAACCAUGGUUCUUGACAACAAUGCUCCCCUUCUCAAGGAAAGUGUAUUUGGGUGGUUGAUCGUGGGACCGUGUACGAGAGGUAUAGCUUUGAGUGUCACAUCUAACGGUCAUUGUGGUUUUGCCGCGUUAUCCAGACUAGAUGCAACUCUUCGGAAAUUUUGGGAAAUCGAAGAAAGAUGCAGCCCUCAGGACAGUCACAAAGAACAUGAUGAGGUGGAAAAUUUGUACCAUAUGUCAACUACUCGAUCAGAGGAAGGUCGGUACAUGGUGAAACUGCCAGUCAAUGAGAAAAUUGGAGAGUUGGGGAACAAUCGGAGUUCAGCCACACAGCAGUUGUUAAAUUUGGAGAGGCGACUGGAGCGCAAUCAGGACCUCAAGUUUCAAUACUCCAGGGUUUUUCAUGAGUACCUUGACUUGAACAUCAUCGAGGAGGUGCCCCCUAGUGCGAUUGACAGUCCAUCUUACUACCUUCCACAUCAUGGGGUAGUUAAGGAGCACUCCACAAGCACAAAACUCCGAAUUGUUUUCAACGCCAGCGCGAGAUCACAGACUGGACUUAGCCUCAAUCAGUGUUUGAUGGUUGGGCCAGUCGUGCAGCCCUCACUUGUCGAAGUAUUGUGGAGGUUUCGCAGGCACAAAUAA